AUGGUAUACACCACCACCAACAGCCUCUCCCAACUUGGAACUACGGUGACCCCGGCCGAGUUUACCAGCCUGGCCAAAACAUUGCUUGGCAAGUUUAACGUCGAUACGAGCACUCAAUUGCACAUUGAGCAUCUUAAAGAACAUGUGAUCCAUGACAGUCUCAUAGCCAAAGACGACCCAGUCAUAACAGACAAGAUGGCGACUCACGGGGCCCUGGUUGCCGUCUGCUUUUUCCCACGCCACCCUAUAGAAGUCCAAGAGGCUAUUACCCAGUUUGCGUGCGCAUUUUUCCUUCUGGAUGAUGGAGGCCACAAGGUCCUUAACGAGCUCCGUUCAUUCCGCAAGAACCUCAUCACGGGAAACGAGCAGAAAAGCGCAAUCUUGGCUUUAUUCCAGCGAUCUCUCCUGGCCAUGGACGACCACUAUGGUGCCUUCAGUGUCGACAUGCUCGUGGGAAGUGUGAUAAAAUCUGUCAGCGCAAACAUCGUUGAAUAUGAGGGCAUAUCGUACCAGGCCGAUCAGAUGUCGGCCGACUUCCCGCGCUACUUCAGAUGGAUGACAGGCUUUGCCGAGGCAUUUGCUUGGCUUAUUCCCUUCAAGAAAGAAUUUGGUUGCGUGAACAAUGUCUUUGCCGCCGAGAGUCUUCUCCUCGGUGUGAUGCCGGAUCUGGCUGAUUUGACAUGUGUUAUCAACGAUGUAAUGUCAUUUUACAAGGAGUCAGUUGUCGGUGACGAGUAUGAGAACUUUGUACAUCAGCAGGCACGUGUGCAAAAUACUUCCGUGGGCCAGGUGUUGGAGCAUCUCACUGUGAUCGUCCAGGACCGUUUCAAUGGCGUCUUGCGGGCAAUUGACAGCAACAUGAAGCUGUAUAAUUUAGUUCAGGACUGGGUGAAGGGGCAGGUCUUGCUCUACUUCAAGUGUGCACGUUAUCGGUUGGAUGAGCUGAAUAUCUUAUCAUAG